CUCUCUCAAGAGUUUGGCAUUUCCUCUGAGCUCACACACUGAGAGCCCACUCUCCUGUUUCACACAGUGCUCACUUGCGACAAAAGGGGGGAUUUUCAAACAUCCUGAAUGAGAGGACUUCUCUUGCCCUCGGCACAUGCCGCAUCUGCAAAAAAACUUCACAAGGUAAACUUGCCCCUACACAACAGUUUUUUCUCGAGAGGACUGAAAGAACAUCAGCUCGGCCUUUUUUUCAGCAUCUGGGCGAGUGGUUCACAAUGGGCUAGCCCCAACUUUUCCCACAGAGCUGGAGUGGACUGGAAGAGAACAGGGAGGAGGAGGAUGAGCGUUUACACCCUGAACCUCAGGUUGUUCUGGCCGCUGGUCACUUGCCUCCUCACUGCUCUUCUGCUACUGCACCAGUACAUCUUCAGAGGAGCCGAGGACCAAGAGAACGACUGCACUGACCAGGGACCCGGGGCUGUUACACUCUUCAAGUACAUCCUAGCUUUUAUCUUAUGCUACUUCUUCAUAAAGUACUGCUCAACUCAACCUGGCACUGCUAGGAGGGGUUUCCACAAAGUCUCGGAGGUUCACGGAAAGUCAGGGGUCUCCAAGAGAGAGCUGUUGGACGAUCACUACGAGAGGCAUGUGCGUCUUUCGCCGCACGUGCUGGGCCACAGCAAAGCCCAUGUCGCCAAGCUGGUGAGUGAACUUGUCAGAGUAGGUCGGACCGACGUCCCACCGGAGUCUUCUCUGGCCUUCCGCGGUGACUUCAUCCAGAUCGGCAGCUCCUAUGAGGAGCACAAGGUGGGCUCACCGGAUUGCUUUGACAUUCUCGUGCCUCUGAGGGCACCCCGUGGGCUAAAAUUGGAGGCUGGCGUUUACACUGGCAAACCUGGGGGGCCACCGCUUUGCACGCUAAACACGCCUCGCAAGGCAGAAUGGACACGCCGUCACAAGGCCUUCAUGGACACGUUUAUGCACCUGCACAGCGCUCAGAGUGUCUAUAGGAUGAGCCCAGAAUCUGUGCAGCGCUGGUUUUACACAGCCACCCAGCGCUGCCUCGCCGCUGUCCGUUACCCGUUUGAGCAGCGCUGCUCCCUCAGCCUGUCUCUCAGUGAGGAGCAACAGGUGCUCCUCCGCCUGACCCCUCGCUCCGAUUAUGUCUGCUGCCACAUCUCCAUGGGCAUCCGCCUGAUCCCAGCCUUUCCUCUUGCCGAUGGUGCCUUCUUGGUAGCAUCCCGGCAGGGCCAGCGGGGAGAAGACCUUUGGACGGUGUACUUUCCCAGACAGGAGCAGAGACUGCUGGCUUGGCUAAAAGGUAGACUCCCCCCCAACUCGUGUCACCUGAAGUGCCUUCAGCUUCUCAAAGAAGUUCGUAACCUCAGUGGAGAGACUCUGGAUCAGAAGUCUGGAGCUGAGUGGGGAGGGGUGCUAUCAUCCUAUGCUUUGAAGACCACAUGGCUUCGUCUGCUGCUUAGUACACCCCCUGAAUCCUGGGAUGAGUGCUGCCUUGUGGACCGGCUAGAUGAUCUUCUUCGCAGUCUGAAGGAGAGCUUACAGUCUCGGGCCCUCUGCCAUCUUCUCCUCGGAGGAGUUAAUGGGUUUCUGCCAGACUCUGUCGUUCUACCCAAACUUGUAAAGGAGAUGGUACCCGCCAACCUGUGGGCAGAAUUCAGUGACGUCACCCUCGACAUGGUCUCCGCCCGACUGGCCUACUCCUGGAACCACCUCCCUCGUCUAAUUCGCCUUGGGCGACCGCAGAGGACCAGCCUUGGCAGAGGUGUCCGCUGCAAAUAUAUUGAUGCAGAGUAAAGGUCAACUAUAAAUGGUAUUGCUGAAUACAACCAGAUGUUGGUCGCUACAUCUUAGUUGUUUAUGUUUUUGGUAGCUGAAAUCUUUCUAUGUAUCUGAAUUUUUUGGGGGGGAUUUUUUCAGAAGAAUGGAAAUAGUAGCAUUCAGUAGGUACAGCAAUACUUUUAGCAAAUCAUGCUUUGUACUGUACAAAUCAGUAUUGUACUGUAAUUUUAGAACGUACGAAAGCAAGACCGUUUGAAUUUCAGUUUUUGUUGAAAUUUAAGAUAUCAGUUAUAGAGAAUCUGAUAUAUUAAAACUUGAUGUUUAAAAGAACAGUAACUGUUUUAUAUAUUUAGUUCCCUCCAGACAUAGGUAUGGAGAUAAAACUCUAGACUUGUGUUGACUCAGGGUGACCAUGAUGUCACGGUUUUAGGUUAGUGAGCAGUCAAAACAGCAUAAACACCAAAGUUUUUCCACACCCACACAGUAUUAGUAAUGCCAGCCUUAACAGAUGAACAUCCUGUUUUUGCUGGGAAGAACUGCAGUGUGACCACUGUAAAAAUAUCUUCUGCAGUAACAUUUUGAUUAAGCAAUGUAAAAUUGAUGGCCUGAUCAUUGCAGACCCAAAUAUAUGCUGUAUUUUGAAUGAAUAAUGUUGUUUAAUAAAUGUAGCAAUUUCAGUAUUGCUUAAUAGAUUGCUUAAGCACUCCCUGAAUGAGUGAAAUCAUAAUCAGGGCUUUAGUUCAUCUUAGUUCAUUACCUUAAAUUGGCUCUAUAAGGAUAAGGCACUGAUGGAAUUCCCUUUGCUUCACUUCAUCUGACUUGUCUACAGGGACCCCAACAUGCGUGCACAUGAUCUUCUUCCUCAGAGACAUGCUCUACAGGCUGUCACCAUGGAGACACGCUAACUCAGCCCAGGGUCACUUCUUUUUGCUGCAGCUUUAGUGUUAAUGGCUGAUUGCAAUGCAUUUACUUUCACAAAGGAAGCAGAGAUCUGUAUUGAUCCCUUGCAGGUACUGAGUGCCACAGGGUUACUUUGGUAGUCUCUGUUCAUACCUCAUCUAUCAACAAGUUCUCGUUCGUGUUCAUGUAUGACAGACAUGUAUCUUAGUUUCAUUAGCUUUAUACGGAAAUGAAGUGAUACCAAAGCAAAAGUCUAUGAGGCUUAUUUUUGUCUGUUGCCUGAAAGCAGAACAGAAUAUGAAAUAAGGAAAUGAAACGGCACAAUCUGAAAACAAUGCUUAAAUGUAGUCCAAAACAAGCUAUAUAAAAUACAGUGUAACUAAUGUUGAAUGUAUAUGUAUAUUAAUGUAUAUGUCAUUUAAUGUAUAUUUGGUACUGUAUGAGAAUGUAAGUUGAUUGUAAAGCACAUUGUACUUGAUGUACAUAAUAGAGAAAAACAAUCUGUAUAUAUACAUAUAUAUAUAGUAGAUAUAAUUUAUACAUGUAUUUUAAUGAAAUAAAUAUCUAUAUUUUGGACUGCACAGUUUUGUUGAAUAU